UCUUAACAAAUAGAUUUUCUCUCUUCAUCUGUUCUUGAAUCCCAAUUCCCCGCUACAUGGAUUUCCUUUGACUUGUUUGUCCGCUCCCUUUUGAAUAUUCACUGUCAGCUUUGUUUUUUGUUUUGGUUUUGUUUUUCAAGGUUCAAAACUCUCAGGACGAAGCGUACAUACCUCGAGGAAAUGCUGGAAUUCAAGACGAUCAAGAAGAAAAUGUGGAUGUUUUCUUGUUAGUCAUUUCAUCAGCUUAACUAUCUCCCUAGAAUUGUCCUCUUGCGUAAUGGAAGCUAUCAUCAUAACAGCCAUAGCACUGAUCAACAGCCACAACAAGAAAGUCGUUAACCAACAUAACUUCCCUCUGCAAAAGCUCUCCUUCUGGUUCGCUCCCACCACACGUCCACCUGGUCUGCUCUCUUUCACUUCUGGCUCGUAAAAUAUAGGCAACAAAAAGAAGGGUUUCUUUUUUCUGUUCUUUUCGUGCUUUUGUAUGGCUUCUUACUCUUUCAACAACUUUACAUCUGGGAAUUGUUACUCUAGUAUCUUUGAUCCAUUUUCGCAUGAUUUGGGACCAUUCAAUGGAAGUUCCCUUGGUGGGUCGGUAUUGGCGUCACAGUCCUUGGUUUUGGAUAGUGAGAAAGGAGAGCUGGUAAAGGCGCCGUUGAAAGUAGGGAAGAAAACGGUGUCGGAAGAGAAGAUUAUAGCGGCUUUGAAGAGUCAUAGCGAGGCAGAGAGGAGGAGGAGAGAAAGAAUCAAUGCUCAUCUCGAUACACUGCGCACCCUCUUGCCCUGCAGACAAAAGAUGGAUAAAGCGACAUUACUUGGUGAAGUGAUUAAGCAAUUGAAAGAGCUGAGGAACAAUGCGACUGAAGCCAGCAAAGGUUUAGUUGUUCCGAUGGACGACGACGAGGUGAGCGUUGAACCGUGUAAUAUUGACAAAGCCGAAGGGAUAAUUUCUUUUAAAGCAUUGAUCUGUUGUGAUUAUAGACCUCAACUUCUGACUGACCUACGACAAGCUCUGGACGCACUUCCCUUUCAAAUUAAGAUUGUCAAAUCAGAAAUAUCGACGUUGGGAGGUCGAUUGAAGAAUGAUUUUGUUUUCACAGCCGGCUGCAGAAGUACUAGCAGUGUGGUUGAUGACGGUGCCGAUGCAUGGCGUUUUAUUGCAUGUUCAAUUCGGCAGGCCCUGUAUUCUGUCCUGGAGAAGGCUUCUACUUCACUGGAAUUAGCCUCAUUGUUGACAUUCCCGAUCAAGAGGCGAAGGAUCUCUUACAUUGAUUCCUCGAGCUGAUCUUCAUGUUCCAAAAAGGAUUAGCCUUCUUUCGUUUUGUGUUAACGGGUGUCACAACUGUUAUUUCUGCUGCAUAUGCAUGUUUGUAUAAUAUGUGCAAAUGUUGGUUUGAAAUUAAUAU